CGGCGCCGGAAGUGAGUGAGCACUUCCGGCGGCCAUUCCGGCGGCCAGACAUCUCUGCGGUAGCGCUGUCCCGGAGGCUUCUUGUCGUCAUGAAGGACGUACCUGGCUUCUUACAGCAGAGCCAAAGCUCUGGGCCCGGCCAGGCCGCCGUGUGGCACCGUCUGGAGGAGCUCUACACAAAGAAGUUGUGGCAUCAGCUGACACUUCAGGUGCUUGAUUUUGUGCAGGACCCGUGCUUUGCCCAAGGAGAUGGUCUCAUUAAGCUUUACGAAAACUUCAUCAGUGAAUUUGAACACAGGGUGAACCCUCUAUCUCUGGUAGAAAUCAUUCUUCAUGUAGUUAGACAGAUGACUGAUCCUAAUGUGGCUCUUACUUUUCUGGAAAAGACUCGUGAGAAGGUGAAGAGCAGUGAUGAGGCAGUGAUCCUGUGCAAAACUGCAAUUGGAGCUCUGAAAUUAAAUAUCGGGGACCUGCAAGUUACGAAGGAAACAAUUGAAGACGUGGAGGAAAUGCUCAGCAGCCUCCCCGGUGUGACGUCCGUUCACAGCCGUUUCUACGACCUCUCCAGCAAAUACUACCAGACCAUCGGGAACCACGCUUCCUACUACAAAGACGCUCUGCGGUUUCUCGGCUGCGUAGACAUCAAGGAUCUGCCAGUGUCUGAGCAGCAGGAGAGAGCUUUCACACUGGGACUAGCAGGACUUCUCGGCGAGGGAGUUUUUAACUUUGGAGAACUCCUCAUGCACCCUGUGCUGGAGUCGCUGAGGGACACCGACCGGCAGUGGCUGAUCGACACCCUUUAUGCCUUUAACAGCGGCAACGUAGAGCGAUUCCAGACUCUGAAGACCGCCUGGGGCCAGCAGCCUGAUUUAGCAGCCAACGAAGCCCAACUUCUGAGGAAAAUUCAGUUGCUGUGCCUCAUGGAGAUGACUUUCACACGACCUGCCAAUCAUAGACAACUCACUUUUGAAGAAAUUGCCAAAAGUGCCAAAAUCACCGUGAAUGAGGUGGAGUUGCUGGUGAUGAAAGCCCUCUCAGUGGGACUGGUGAAAGGCAGUAUUGAUGAAGUGGAUAAGCGGGUUCACAUGACCUGGGUGCAGCCCCGCGUGUUGGAUUUGCAACAGAUCAGGGGCAUGAAGGACCGCCUGGAGUUCUGGUGCACCGACGUGAAGAGCAUGGAGAUGCUGGUGGAGCACCAGGCCCACGACAUCCUCACCUAGGCCUCUGCCUGCACUUGGCUGCGGAGAGACGUUUCGCCGCCGACGAACCUGGCGGCUGAGGAGAUCUGCAUUUAAUUGGGGUGGGGGCUGGGACUCAGUUUGGACUAGGGACUGUUCUCUCUGUGGAAACAGGCCUAUCACUGACGGGGGCGCCCAGCCACAGGCAGAAGCCUCCUUGGUGGAUGUCACUGGAGCCUGCAGUGGCGAGGCCCCACUGGGGCUCCAGCAAUGUGGCAGGCAGGUGCGUGGGUGCCCCUGCACUCCAGGGUUGCUCUCUGUUGCGUCCACCCUUGUGAACAUCUUUUCCAGUGUGGUUUGACGGUGUUUCUAUAAUAAAUGCCUUGCUCUGUU